AUGCCGUUCCUCCAAGCUAGAACCCACCGUCUGCACUAUGCCGAUUCACACCCCGACGGCUCACCCUCGGACCUAACCUUCAUCUUCAUCCACGGCCUUGGAUCCUCGCAAAACUACUAUUUCCCCGUCCUCCCCCACCUCACAAGCCAUUACCGCUGCAUCACGAUCGACACAUACGGCGCCGGCCGCUCCCCGUAUACCAAUGAGACCGUUUCAAUCCCCAGCAUUGCAGAUGAUAUCAUCGGCGCGCUGGACGCGCUGAAGAUCCCCAAGGCCAUCGUAGUCGGCCACUCAAUGGGCGGACUCGCCGCCACAGACCUGGGCGCCCGGUAUCCAGACCACGUCUCCGGCGUCGUGGCAAUUGGACCCGUCCACCCGUCCGAGAUGCUCGUCACGGUUAUGAGCAAGAGAGCAGACACCGUGCUGGAGUCCGGAAUGGAACCAAUGGCCAACACCAUCCCCUUUGCCGCCGUCGGAUCCCGCAGUACCGAGCUCCAGAAGGCGUUUAUUCGGGAACUCGUGCUUGGUCAGGAUCCCAAGGGCUACGCAGCGCUGUGUCGGGCUAUUGCGUCGGCGCAGCCCGCGGAUUACGCGGCUGUUAAGGCGCCGUUUAUGCUUAUUGCUGGAGAGGAGGAUAAGUCUGCUCCUAUGGAGGGCUGUAAGCAUAUAUUCGAUCAGGUGUCGAGUCAGAAGAAGUCUCUCGAGGUUCUGAAGAACGUUGGGCAUUGGCAUUGUAUUGAGGCUGCGGAUGAGGUUGGGGAUCUGCUUGUGAAGUUUGCCGGAACGCUUUAG